AUGCCUCGGAAGCUCCGUGCUAGACACGCUAACAGAGUGGUGGGUAACACAGACCGUGUCGGUCAAGCCAACUCGGUUCUUGUUCCUCAACUGCCUGCUAUCGAACAAACCGAAUGUCCGCUUUUUACAAUCUUACCAGCGGAGAUCCGCAAUCACAUCUACGCCUUGUCUCUUGAAUCGGAUGAUAGGUCCAAGAAGGAUCCGGACUCGCUAUAUCAGCGCCACGCUUUCUAUUACCGUCCGGGUUACAAACAACCGAGAUGCAUCCCAACAGCCUUGCUCCAAACGUGCCAACAGAUCUACCUUGAGGCGUCACUUUUGCCUGCAGCAGUCAAUGAGCACACGUUCUGGUUCUAUCGCGCCCCUCCUCACGUAAAGAACGCCACGUCACCGGUGGCGUACUUCCAGAAAAUGAGCCCAGAGCAACGGGCCCAAGUGUAUCAUCUGCAUUUCUUCUUCCAACAGUUCGCUCUCGAAGACGAUCAUUGGCACAGUAUCCUCCGGGGACUCAAGAUCGGCGACAACGAUGAACGCGGCAUGCGAAGCGACAUCAGGAUCGCGCCGAAAAAGAUGACCAUCACACUCCGGCACACGGACUGGUGGCUAUGGGAGAAUGACGACCCGUUGGGCAUUGACCCGUUCCGACAAGGGCGAACUCAUGCAGCUGAGAUGGGAAAUACGAAUCGAGAAUACAACCCAAGAGCCUGGGGAAACCGGUUUAUGCUCAUUCCCACCCUGAACGAACUCGUCAUUGAGUUCGAAACGGUUCUGCGCAAGAGGAAUCAGCUGGAUUCCAUUCUGCAGAUGGCCCACCAAUGGAAAUUCCCCAUGGAUGUCGAGAAACACGUGUACCUCGUCGCCGAUCCAAGCACGCUAAGAGCGUAUACCUGGGUGGGUGCCACGGAGGAUGACCUGCAGAUGCAGGGAAGCAUCUGGCGGGUUAUCCCAUCGCCACCGGUGGGACCAGAAACUCAGCCUGAUACUGCUCUGGCAGGCCAAGCAGCCGCAAAUGAAGCACCUCUAAGUCCCACUCUCAGGCCUUUUGAAACCACUUCUGAAAUUCGCACCGUGGAGGAAGAAAAUUCAGAGAAGUACUACGUUGUUUACUUGACAUGGAGGAAGCAAGUUGUAGAGGGGUAA